AUGUCCCCCAAAACAUGGCUCAUAACCGGUUGCGGGAGCGGCUUCGGACACCACCUGACGAAAUACGCCCUCGCACACAACGACACCGUGAUCGCGACGUCCCGCGACCCUUCAAAGCUGGAGAGGAAACUCAUACCGAGGAAACUUGAUCUCGCUGGCCCAGAUAGUGAGAUUGAGGCUUUCGUGAAGGAGGUUCUAUCGAGUGUGGGGAGGGUGGAUGUGUUGGUGAAUAAUGCGGGGUAUAUUUUGGGGGGUGCGGUUGAGGAGUGCAGUACGGAAGAAAUCAACCUCUCGCUGCGCAUAAACUUCACCUCCGCUCUCACCCUCACCCGAGCCUUAAUGCCCAGCAUGCGGGCCCAAAACCACGGCAUCAUCGCGGUCAUGGGCUCCAUCGGGGGAUGGGCCGGACAACCGGGAGGAGGUAUAUAUUGCGCCAGCAAGGCGGCGUUGGCGUUGAGUAUGGAAGCUUUGCGGGCGGAGCUGGCGGGGUGUGAGAUCGAGGUGGUGAGCUUGGAGCUGGGGCAUUAUCGAACGGAUGUGUUAUCGGAUCGACGGAUUGUGAGGGCGGAGAAGAGGGUGAAGGAGGUGGAAGACGCAGGGGACUGGAUGAGUGAGCUGAGUGGACAUCAGCCGGGGGAUGCGAGGAAGGGGGCGGAGGCGAUUUAUAAGAUGUUGAUGGGGAUGGGGAGGUGGGAAGGACGGGGGAAGUUGCCGGAACGGUUGCCGGUGGGGAGGAAUGCGGUGGAGGCGAUUGGGGCUGUGUUGGAGAAGCACCAGGGGGUGUUGAAGGAAUGGGGGAAUUGGGGGAUGGAGGUGGAUUGUGAUGAUGUGGUGAGAGGUGAGGCAGCUUGAUUUGUGGGUAGAUGAUAGCACACUGGUUGGAUUGAGUGUUUUUUUGGUGGAUAUCUUCUAUCUGAG